GUUUGGCAGAUGCUUGGCAACUGAGGUAGGCUCUUUCUUUCGGAGGAAUGCUUUAGACAACUUAUACCAGGAAGGCUGAAAGUGUUCAAGCAUACCUUGAAGAUUGUAUCCCCAGUGCCAUGACUCAUUCAGUGAACCUCAGGAAAACUAAGCAUAAGCCAGAGGAGGCAUGUAAGGCAUUCGAGGAUAUCUCCAAAUACUUCUCUAGGGAAGAGUGGGCAAAGCUCAGCCAUUCAGAGAAGAUCACAUAUGUGUACAUGAAAAGAAACUACACCACCAUGACUAAUCUAGGCCUCAGAGCCCAUCUGCCAGAUUUCAUGGAAUCUAAUGAACAGGCCACAAAAUCUGUGCUCAAUGAUUCUGAUGAAGUUUUCAGCCAUGAGAGUCAAGGACUCAGGAGAAGGCCAGUGAGCAUCUGGAGUCAUCGGUUAAGGGAAAGAAAGAAGCAAGUGAUAUAUGAAGAGAUCAGUGACCCAGAAGAUGAAAAAGAAGAAAGAGAGGAAGAAAAAAUAGAGAAAGGAAUCGGAGGACAAGGAGGAGAAGGAGAAAGAGGAAAAGAAGGAAGGAGGAAGAACACCAUGGUGUGAAGAAGAACAUCAUUGACCUCAAGAUUAUGGGCACAACCUUAAAAUCCUAAACAUCAAAAAGAAAAAUUCUCAGCAGGGAAAGUUAAGAAACAUUGUACCUUCUAAGUGCCAAGGAAUGUCUUGAACAUUGGUUAUACUGUGUGUCAAAUUAGCAUUGAUCCUUUUGUGUAUUCUUCUCUUAGCAUUGAUUGUACUGAGUUUUUACUCUAUAAGUACUGCUCUUAGUGUGUCCAUAUACAUCUCUUAACAUUGUUCUUAUUGUUUCAAGUACUGCAUUAACAUGGUUCUUGCAUUUCACAAGUUCAUUAACAUUCUUCUUCACAAGAACUAUAUACCCAUCUUAUUACAUACCUUCUACCAGCAUUAUAUUUAUUGUGAACCAUAAGUAGGGCUCCUAUUUUGUCUGGACCACUCUCAUAGCAGUACUCUUAUGAUAUAUCCUGAAUUACUCAACCAUUGUUUUUAUUGUGAUAACCACCCUGUAUGAUGUUACAAUCCUGUUAAGAAAUAAAAAUUAGCAAUGCACA